CUUCCGGUUCACAGAGGCAGCAUGGCAGCGAUUGGAGUCCACUUUGGCUAUACGUGCGCUUGUGUGGCGAUAUUCAAGGAUGGACGGGCUGACGUGGUGGCUAAUGAUGCCGGAGACAGAGUGACUCCAGCUGUGGUGGGCUACAGGGACACUGAGCAGAUUGUCGGUAUAGCAGCAAAGCAAGGACGGGUCCGCAAUGCUGCCAACACUGUGGUUAGAGUGAAACAGAUACUGGGAAGAAGGUUCAAUGAUCCAGAGACACAGACUCACAAAGGAGAGACCAAGUGUCAGGUCGUCAGCAGAGGAGAGAAGCCGUAUUAUGAGAUCACAGCAGGAGACCACCCAGAGUACGUCGCUCCAGAGGACGUCGCUAAACUCAUCUUCCACAAAAUGAAAGAAACGGCCCAGUCAGCUUUGGGCUCUGAUGUGAGUGACGUGGUCAUUACCGUCCCCUUCGAGUUUGCACCUAAUCAGAAGCGUGCUCUGAGGGAGGCAGCCGAGGCUGCAGGGUUCCACGUGCUGAGGCUGAUCCAUGAGCCUGCAGCUGCCCUGUUGGCCUAUAACAUCGGACAGGACCACACUUCUGGAAAGAGCCAUGUCCUGGUGUAUAAGUUAGGCGGGACGUCCCUGAGUGUGACGGUGCUGCAGGUCAACGGAGGAAUGUUCCGGGUUCUCAGCACUCACACGGACCACGGCAUCGGAGGGGAGAGCUUCACCCAGGCCUUAGCCCAGCACCUCGCCUCAGAGUUUAAACGAACCUUUAAACAUGAUGUGAGCAGUAACGCUCGAGCGAUGCUGAAGCUGAUGAACGGCGCUGACAUGGCCAAGCACUCACUGUCCUCGUUGGGCUCGGCCAACUGUUUCGUUGACUCCCUGCAUGACGGCAUUGACUUUGAAUGCAAUGUCUCAAGAGCUAGAUUUGAGCUGCUCUGCUCCUCACUCCUCAACAAAAGCAUCCAGCCAAUUCAGCUGUUGCUGGAGAAAGCAGGACUUUCUGCCAGCAGCAUUAACAAGGUGGUCCUCUGUGGCGGCUCAGCCAGAAUCCCUCGUCUCCAGCAGAUAAUGCGUGAGAUGUUUCCUGAUGUAGAGCUUCUCAGCUCAGCGCCCCCUGAUGAGGUCAUUGCUGUGGGAGCCGCACUGGAAGCCGGCUUGCUGGUUGGCAGCGAUAGCUUUGUCCUUGAGGAAGAGUCUGUCACAGUGGAUGUCUCUGCCGCUGACAUACUAAUAAAGGAGGUGGAUGAAUCUGGAGCUGAGGUUCUCACCGUUCUCCUUCCGUCUGGUAUGCCUCUACCUGCCCGCAGACAUCACGUCCUGAGUGGAGGUGGAAAACAGUCCUCCCUCUGUUUGGAUAUUUACCAGAGAUUUGUCAUGGAGCAGCCAGAACAGCUAUCUAAGAUUGUCUUCAGAGACCUGCAGCCCAGUGAAGCAGACCACAACAUUGACGUGGUGGUGACUAUGAAAAGGGAUGGCUCCAUUCAUGUGUCCUGUGUAGAGCAGACGACUGGAAAAUCAGAGGUCGUCACCAUAACAGCAGCAGCAGCAGCAGCAGCAGCAGCAGCAUCAUGAAGCCACAGAUCUACAAUCCUAACCGUAGUUGGGCACAGUGUUGGUGUAAUUUCUAUUUUGUUUCCCCAUUUCUCACUCAAUAAACUAAAUGUAUAAAUCUA